AUGGUCAAAAGCCAUGUUAGUGUCGAAGAGCAAGCCAUGGCUAACAGCACGAUUGGCGAAAGAUUGGCCUAUAACGACUACACCACCAUUGACUGGCUACACGAUCUCGUCAAAGACUCCUACCGUCUCCGCACCAUCCACGACAAGAAAAGCAUACGCGGAAAAGCCAUCGCUGCCUUCGACUCCUCCUCAGGCUGGAUAGCCGCAGCGGUGAUUGGAGCCCUAACGGCAUGUGUGGCCUACAUCGUCGACAUCUGCGCCGCCACAGUCAGUGAUUGGAAACUAGGACAUUGCACAUCCAACCCCUUUCUCACCCGCGAAGCCUGCUGUUCCUCCCAAACCUCUAUUUCAGAACCCCCCAUCACCGAAUGCGAGCUAUUCAAACCAUGGGGAAGCAGUUAUGUGGCUAGUUUUAGCAUCUAUGUCGCUUUUGCACUGUUGUUCGGUAUAACGAGUGCGAGUUUGACUAUGCUGACAAAGGGUGAAUUGCCAUCUGCCGGUUCGCCGGAUGCCAAAGAUGAAGAUGGUGUUGAGAAAACUGCACCUGCGGGAAAAAUAAUGUAUAUGGCUGCUGGCUCCGGUAUCCCAGAGAUCAAAACUAUACUCGGUGGCUUUGUGAUUCCUGAUUUCUUGUCAUUGAAGGUUCUGUUGGUCAAGGCUGCUGGUGCUGUGUUUGCUGUUUCUACAGGCAUGUGUCUUGGUAAAGAAGGACCAUUCGUUCACAUCUCAACUUGCAUGGGCUACCUCGUCGCCUCUCUGUUUCCCAAAUACCGCGACAACGGUCGAAAAAUGCGAGAAAUGUUGAGUGCGGCUUGUGCUGCUGGUCUCUCUGUGGCUUUCGGUGCACCCAUUGGUGGUGUGUUGUUCAGCUACGAAGAAAUCAGUACCUACUUUCCAAGGAAAGUGCUGUGGAGAGCAUUCUUGUGUAGUGCUGUUGCUGCUAUGGUCUUGAAGGGGCUGAAUCCGACUGGAACGGGAAAGUUGGUCUUGUUUGAGACGAAUUAUGGAACAAGCUAUGGCGCUGUGCAUUAUCUGGUUUUUGUCGUACUUGGCAUAGCAGGAGGUAUCUUCGGCGGUGUAUUCUGCAAGUUGAACUUCCUUUGGGGCAAGUCCUUUCGCAAAUACGCCAUCAUCAAGAAUUAUCCGGUGUUCGAAGUCUUCCUCAUCGUCCUCGCCACAGCUUUACUCCAAUACCCCAACCCUCUGAUCCGCGAGCCCGGCGACAUGAUCAUCAAGAACCUGCUUGUCGACUGCAAGACCGAAGACUCCGCAGAAUCAUGGGUCUGUCAGAAUGAAGCUCGCACAGAUGGAAAUUGGGAAUAUAUUGGCUGGUUGGCAUAUGGCACGCUUGCCAAACUCGCACUCACGAUCAUCACAUUCGGCAUCAAAGUCCCUUCAGGUGUCAUCAUCCCAGCUCUUGACGCCGGUGCGCUGUUCGGACGUCUCCUAGGCCAAUGGGUCGGCGGCAUCUCUCCAGGCAUCUUCGCCAUGGUUGGAGCCGCGGCCUUCCUCGCAGGCGUCUCAAGAAUGACAAUCUCAUUAUGUGUCAUCAUGUUCGAGCUCACCGGCGAACUCGAGUAUGUGAUCCCACAUAUGAUAGCCAUCCUGGUAGCCAAAUGGGUGGCCGACGCCUUGGGCAAAGAAGGAGUCUACGAUUUAGCGCAGAAUGUUCUGGGCCAUCCAUUUCUGGACCUCGAUCACAGUAUGGGUUAUAUCCAGCUGGAAGAUGUUUUGGUCGAGGAACUCCUUCCGCCACAACACACGAUGGAGCAGAUUACUAUUCAUGUACCUGCUAGCAAUAAAGUCAGGAGAGAACUGUUGGAGGAGAAGUUGGUGCAGCUGGAGAGUAGAGGGUUGAUGGACGCAGGACUUGUGCUCGUUCAGAAUGGCCAAAUGUUGCAAGGUUAUCUGGCGGAAGGCGAGCUCGAAUUUGGACUCAGAGAGUUGGGUAAGUUGUAUCCUGCUGAUGCAGAGGUGAGACUGUUGGGUGAUGCGGAAGAAGGCGAGUUCGACCUGUCGAGUUUCGUCGAUCGCACACCUAUGGUUGUCUGUGCCAAGGCACCGAUGGAGUACGCGGUUGAGAUGUUUGGAAAGCUGGGGUUGAGGCAUUUGAUGGUGACUGAGGAAGGUACGGGAAAGUUGAUUGGUGUCAUCAUCAAGAAGAGACUGGUGGCAUAUCUGGAUGCACUGAAACACAGAGGCUGA